CGAGUGUUUUGUUCAACAAACAACUCCCGCGCGACGCUCCAAGCCCUCGCUGCCGCUCCUUCCUUUUCUUUAUACAGGACCCAUUCUUUCCUUGCUGCCCAUGCGAUGAUAUAAGUCCGCACAACUGCCACAUCGCCCGCCCGCUUCGACUGUCCGACCAUGCCGCCCGCGAUACCGGUGCAGGCGCCUAUACGACCGUACCGAGACUUUGUAACCCCAGUCCUACACAAGCGCUUUACCAAUGCCGCCGUAUACACUCUUGGCCUGUGCUGGGUCAUCUCAGUAUGGCAAGGAACAUGGACACACUAUCUGUGGUCCUGGUUUCCCAUAGGCCCCGUUGGCGUCCGAACGCUCCUACUCUUCGUUUCCGCCCUCAUCAUCUACAUACUCCGCAUUGCCCAAUACCACGUUGGCCAACGAAACACACUAGCCGGCCAGGACACUUUUUGGAAGUAUGCUUUUACUGCAAGAACUGUCAUGGUCGUGGUCUCCUACCUACUUUCGGCAUUCCUGUUCGGCGAGAUCUACAUCUGGACCCAGCCGGAGAGCAAGAAGCUCGGCUACACCGACCAAGGAAAGAAUUAUGAGCGACUUCGCCUCAACGAGCGACCAAUGUUCCUGCGCUUCAUGUUCGCUGUCCUGGCGUUGGUCCAGAGCGGGGCGCAUUUGUGGCGCGACUAUGAUAAGAUCGAGUUCCCUGCCAUUGCGCCCAAGACCGAACAAGAAGCUGCUGCGCCAACCCCAGCAGCGAGGCCUCAUCAAGUCCUUAUCCAGAAGCUGUCACCGCUCGCGCAAAACGCUGCCAUCUGGUCGGGUGCUGUGUCGCUCGUAGGUGCUCUGGUCUACAUCAGUGGAAUACGUUAUGCCAUAUGGCCGUCGUAUUAUUCUUGGGCGAGGAACGUGCUCAUGAUCAGCCUAUCCAAGUCACGACCUCUACCAGCUACCUUACCUCCUUUCGCGCCCUUGGUUGGCAUGUUCUUCGCAGAGGGCACCUUGAUCUUCUUUAUGUGGCUAGUUAUCAACACAACCUUCGAUCUAUACAUGUCGCAGCCGCCCCUGAAGAACGGCAAACCAAUCACGAACGAUUCGAAGGACCCAAACGGCAGCCUGCUGAAAGGUCUGAAAGCCAAGAAGGACACCAUCAAGGCUGUAGCUUUGUGGGAACUAGCUUUGAUUACAGAUUCCUUCCCCGAUCGCCGCAAGACCCUGUACCUUGAAACUACCCGCAAGAAUGGUGCUACUUUGAAGCAGGUCGUCGAUAUUUGCCUCUCCGAAGUCCGACUGCUCAGCGAACGUCUCAGAUUGGGCUUGGAUCCGCAGUAUAGGCCCAAGGGUGAGGCUGAAAAGAGCGACCAGGCCCAGAGCGUUUCGCUCGUCCCGCAGAUCGCACCAGCCCUCAAGGAUGCACCCAUCAAAGGCACCGGUCUCCCUCCGACUACCACCAGGGAGAAAUUCGGCGACGUGGCCGGUGACUUCGCCAAGUCCCUCUCUUCACCACAGAACGGCGUGAAAACCCGUGAGUACCUGAUGAAAGGCACGACAGAGCUCUCCCAGCACCUCCAAAGGGGUGUCGAAGAGGUCGAGGCCCGAUCUUCUGGAUUUUGGUCCAAUUUCAUGGCGUCACCGCUAGGAUAUCCCUUCCGCCAGAGCCUGCGCCGCACCGCAAACGUCGUUGUGGCCGGCGCACCGUUCUCGCGCCUCUCCAUUCUUUGCAACGCCGUCGCUGCGCUUACGAACCUCACUGUAUCCAGCAUUUUGGAGGACGAAUAUGGCCGCAUGCAGGACGAGGUAGCUCAGAUUAUCCGCGUGUUCACCGAGGCGCUGAAGCUGUUGGACCAGUACAUGGCGAGUCUAAAUAUACACUGGACGGACUUUGAGACGUUGGCAAGGCCGGAGGCGGAGCGGAAGAAGGUUGCGGAGGCGGAGCAAGUGAGGGAGGCGCUGAGAGCGGGGCUGGAGAAGAUAUUGAGGAGCUUUGGGGAGUAUCUGUCGGGCUUGAAGAUGUCGAGGUUGGAGAUUACGGAGGCGAAAAAGGUGGCGAGUAAUGGGCCGGAGAUGGCGGUAGUACGGUAGGAGUGGUUACUUGGACGAAAUGAUGGGUAAAUGUAUGGAUUUGUACCUUGACCUGCCAGACUUUUUGAACGACGAUAUUGCUAUCACACGUCCUGACUUUGAUAUCAUCAUGCAGUCAGAAGAAAAAGCUAUAUAGAAGGCAGGAUACCCACAGCAGGCUUAG